AUGAAUCGAAAACACCCCUCCGGCUCCCCGGUCCUCCGGGAUCGGCGCCUCCACCUCGGGCGCAACCCGGGGCGCACGCGGUCCGGACGCUCCACCCUCCCCCAGCGGCCGCCUGUCACCCCGGGGGACGCCGACUGGGGUCGCCCGCUCGGUAACCGCCGCGCUCCCCCGGAGCUUCCCUCUGCGGCCACGUUUGCCAAACAAAAAGAGGCAGGCUUUGGAGAAGGCGCCGCGGGCUCACCUCGGGGCCGCGCUCCCCCGGCCUCGCCGCUGGUCUCCGAGCCGCCAGCCGCCCCGCCGGGCGCCUCGGAGCAUUGUUUGGAGAGUGUGUGCGCGCGUUGCGUGCCCGGCCGCGGGCGGUGUCGUCUGCCUGGGCCCGGCGGCCGGGUGGCAGCUGCGAGCGCGGCUCCGCCCCCUCCGCCUCCGGUGGCACCGCCCGCCCAGCCCCAGCCGCACCUCCGGAGUCCUUGCCGCCGCCCCACGCCCCCCGCCGGCGGGCGCGCUCCCUGGCCCCUGAUUCCUCCCGGAGAUCCACGCCCCGCCCCUCCCUCACGCUCCCGACGGAGGCUCCGCCCCCAGCCCGAGACUUGGAGGCGUCACGACCCCUGA